GUUGUUGCCGAUAAGCAGCGAGGGGCAGCUCCGCCCCAGCAGGAACAGCUUGUCCCUGGCUUCGGCUGGCUUCCCAUCUGCCCCAGAAAACACCGUCCCAUCCCAGCAAGCAGCAUCCCUGCAAAUCUGCCGCAGGUUCGGCCACCGUCCCUGUGAUGCCACACUUGGCUGCUGAUCUACGUGCUGCUGGGGCUGGGGUCCCUGCUGGUGGGGGCACUGUCCCCAUCCUGCCCCCCUGCCUGCCAGUGCUAUGACACCUCCAAAGUCUUCUGCUCAAACGAAAAGAUGCGGGAGAUCCCGGAGGGCCUGCCAGGAAGUGCCACCCACCUCUUCUUCGUGGAGACAGCCCUGAGCAGCAUCCGCAGCGGGGACUUGGGCUCCAGCACCACGCUCACCAAGCUGGUCUUCAUCAAUAACAACAUCCAGCAGCUGGAGACUGGUGCCUUUCAGGGGCUGCCCAGCCUCACUGAGCUGGAGGUGUCAGGCAACCCCUUGUCAUCCGUCAGCCUCGGGAUGCUGGCAGGGUUGACCAGCCUCAGCAAGCUCUCCCUCAGUGCCAACACCAUCCGCACCCUGCAGCCGGGGCUCUUCACUGGCUCUUGCCGCCUGCAGGAUCUGAGCUUGUCAGGGAACAAGAUUGAGGCACUGCCCCCUGGCAUCUUCCGCCCACUCCGGCGGCUCCGGGCCCUGGACCUGUCUCAGAAUGCUCUGGCUGAGCUGCCGGAUGGGCUGCUGGCCCCACUUGUCGCCCUUCGUGUCCUCAAGCUCAGUGACAACCUGCUGGCACGGGUGCGUCCUGGUGCUUUCAGGGCACUUGGCCAGCUGACUGAGCUCCACCUGGAUGGCAACCGGCUGGAGGAGCUGCCCUCCGGCAUCUUCUCCAGGCUGGGGGCGCUGCGGCGGCUGCAGCUGCAGCACAACGCCCUGGGCAGCCUGGCCCCCGACAUCUUCACGGGCCUCCUCAACCUCACUGUCCUCAGCCUGGAGGGCAACAACCUGGCCACCGUGCCUGCCAUGCUGUUCACUGGCACCCCUGGCCUCCUCCACCUCUCGCUGGCUCGCAACCAGCUGGAGACACUGCCCCAGGAGCUCUUUGCUAACCUGUCAGUGCUGGAAACCCUGGAGCUCUCACACAACGCCAUAGAUCACCUGCCCACUGGGGCUUUCCAGGGGCUGGCAGGGCUGACAGAGCUCCAGCUGAGCCACAACAACCUCUCCAGGCUGCCGGCGCGGCUGCUGGCUGGGCUGCCCCUCCUCACCGCCCUGGCGCUGGACCACAACCGCCUGGCCCGCCUGCCCCCGGGGCUCUUCGAUGCCAACGAAGAACUGGUGCGUGUGGGGCUGGCCGGCAACCCCUGGGUCUGUGACUGCCACCUCUCCUACCUCCUGCGCUGGCUCCAGAGCUUUGCCGAGCCCCUCAUCCACGGCCAAGCCUUCUGUGCCGAUCCAGCCGCUCUCCGGGGCCAGUCCCUGCUGGAGGUCUCCGGCGGGCAGCUGGAGUGCCCAGGCGCACACGGUGUCCCCUCAGAGGAAGGCUGGCACACGGAUGCUCCGGGGCACUGCACCUACACCGACCCCGAGGGCACGGUAAGCGUGGCCUGCAAUGCCACGAGGUGCCAGCAGCUCAGCCUUCGCCUGCCUGCGCCCGGGCAGGAGCAGGGCCUGGGGCCGGCCUACCGCGGGGCCUGGCUGCUGCGCUCCCGCUGCGGCACGCUGCACGUCAGCCUCCUUGUCACAGCACAGAGCGGCAGCCAGCCCACACCGCCAGCUCUGCCCGCGCUGCCCUAAGCCUUGGGCAGGCGUUUGCUUCUGCUCCGGCAACCUCUGAACCAGCCUGGGAAACAAACAGCUCUGCGUCUCGCUCCGCCACCGCUGCCGUGGUCCCCAGCUGUCCUCGAGCUCUCCGCAGCAGCUGGCCCGGUGCUACUUAUCCUCUCAGCUAUGUGUUUCCUGUGUAUUGCAAAUAUAAUUAAAAUUUAUCUAUUAUUUCUGUGCUGCUAGUUCCCAUGGCAGAGAGAGGAAUCAUUCUGUCUGUGUGCCUGGGAGUGAAGUGAAGGUCGAUGUGGCACACUGGGAUCUUGUCAGGAGCUGUGCAUGGUGGGCACAGUGCAGCUGCCUGGUGGUGAGCAGGUGCCACUGUGGCAUCCUCAUAGUGUGCUCGUGUCUGCCCGCUGCAGCCACCUUCCCUUGGCACUGCAGAGGGAAGAGAGGCCCAGCUGCAGCCUGGCAAAACCUGAGGACACGGAUUUGUGUUGUCCAAGGGAGGUGGGUGAGGGUGAGUGCUGCUGAUUGCCCAGCAAGGGGCACGAGCUGCCUGGCUGCAGGGUGAGCUCCAGCCCAGGUGUGCACAACCAGGUCCCACCCCUACCCUGUCAGGGCUUGGUCUGCAGCCCUGCAGCCUGAAAAUGGAAAGUGGCAAGCUUCAUGUAAAUGAGAGGAAGAACUUCACUGUGAGGGUGAGUGGCACAAGUUGCCCAGUGAGGUUGUAGAGUCUCCUUCUCUGAAUAUAUUAAAAAGACAAGUGAACAGAGCCAUGGGUACCCAAGGAACCCUACUUCAGUGGGGAAGUUGGACCAGAUGUCUUCCACUGGUCCCUUCCAACCUCUCCCAUCCCGGGAUUCUGAUUCUGUGGCCUGUGGAGACAAGGCACAAAGUCCCAGCAGUGCUGCCCACGCAGGGGUGACAGGUAAGG